CUUAUCUCAGAGUCAGUCAAGGCAAUUCGCUCACAGAACAAAGAAUAAAUACAUUACAAUGGUGCCCAGACGGCAAACAUCAAUGAUGCUGGGUUGGGUCCUGUUAUUCUCUGCUGGGGUAAGAGGAUAUAGCGACCAAACGUUUCGAGCGGCCGUUUACGAACACGCCCCGCUACCACCAAAUAGAACAAUCGUGGUAACGCGACAAGAAGCUUUGGAUUACAUGCGGAAGAAUCUUGAAGUGUACAAAACGGCAACAGAGGAGGCACAUGGACAGAAUGUUGACAUAAUAGUGUUUCCUGAGGACGGGAUAACUUAUAAUGGGCACACAAGAAAAUCCGUUCGUCCAUACCUUGAAUACAUACCAGACCCAAAACAGGAGCAAUGGAACCCGUGCGAAGUCCCCGACAGGUACUCCGAUACUGAGGUACAGUACACUCUAAGCUGUCUGGCCAAAAACAACUCUCUUUGGAUCGUCGCCAACAUGGGAGACUAUCAGCCAUGUCAAGCAGACGACACUGUCUGUCCAGCAGACGGUCAUUACCAAUUCAACACUGACGUUGUGUACGACAGCAACGGGACACUUAUUGCAAAGUAUCACAAAAUCAACUUAUUCUUCGAGUUUAUGUUUGAUCCGUCAACAUCGAAAGGAGCCGUUUCUUUUGAAACACCUUUCGGAACGUUCGGUGUGUUUACUUGUUUUGAUAUUCUUUUUCGUAACCCUGUUGUGGUCUUAAUGAAAGAAAAAGGUGUGAGUAAUAUCGUUUUUCCUACUGCUUGGAUGGACACCCCUCCGUUUUUCGCUGCAAUUCAGUUCCACUCCGCAGUAGCUGCUGGCUUCGGCAUCAACUUUCUGGCAGCUAAUAUGCAUAACCCUCGAUAUCGUUUCCAAGGAAGUGGCAUAUAUUCACCAGAUGGAGCUGUGGCCUAUUACUACAACAACAGUGUCAAAGGUCAAGAAGAAGGAGGAAAACUUUUGGUGUCUGAUCUAAAAAUCCUACGAAAUAAUGCUUUGUCACACAACUCACCCAUGUAUAGUUCUAAAAAGUAUAAUGGGACGCAAGCAAUGGGUGAUGGCGUCUUUCACGCGGAUACAUUUGGGGACAACUUUAAUUAUAUCCUUCUCACAGAAUCUAGCGGGAAGGCGCGGGUUUGUCACAACGAGCUUUGUUGUAUAGCCACUUACACUUCUCAUGAUAAUUUCACCGAGAUGUUUGCACUUGGUGCUUUUGACGGUUUACAUACCAAAGAAGGGACCUAUUACAUUCAAGUCUGUACAGUUUUAAGGUGUAAAACGUUGGAGAAAUCUUCUUGCGGUCAAGGUUCUCGGGUUUCCAACACUUAUUUCACUCAGCUUGCUCUAUCUGGAACUUUUAAGACACCUUACACAUUCCCAGAAAUUCUGCUACAUGGCGAAAACGUUCUCGAUCUUGCUCCAUCAACCACCUGGUCGUAUAACGCAGGUAGAAUGGAAGCAAAGAAUGGCUUUGAACAGCCAUUGCUGUCCUUUUCUCUGUUUUCGCGUGAUUAUGACAAUGAUUUACGGUUGACAAGUUCGUGCGGUAAUCCAAAACUCGCCAUUUUUACUCAGUGUCUUUUGUUACUGUUACUACUUUUCUCAGUUUUGAGCUGACUAUUUUGUUAAAAUGUGAUGUAAAAUACAGAAAUAAGAUUCUUACACAUGUUUAUAGUCAUCUGUGAUGUUUUUACCUUUAGCUGUAGAACAUUCUCAAUAUUCUUUCAAAAGUGUCUAUGCAAUUAUUGACCAUCAUUAAAUGCAUGCAGGGUUAAA